CCCGACGACAUCAAAGAGCAGCUCACCAAGUACGAGGCUGCGAUCGCGGCGGUGGAGGAAAAAUUGGAACCGCUGCUCCGCGUGAAGAAGGACGACCUCGACGCCGCGCUGACGCCGCUGGAGCGCGCGAAGGUCCACGUCGCGCUCGCGAACGCGACGACGACGAUGUUCUGCAUGUACCUCAAGGCGGUCGGGUUGGACCCCGCGGAGCACGCGGCGAAGUACGAGCUCGAGCGCGUGGAGCUGUACCGCGCCAAGGUUGAGAAA